AAGCUUUUAGAUCAAAGCCCAAAGAAACAAAAACCAAACGGCGCGGCAAAUGGCAAGUGCCUCUCGCUCACUCUUCCUCGCUCUCAUACGAAAUGGCAGAAAUGGCGGCGGCCUCAUCUUCAGCGCUCAGUCACUCUCUCUCUUCAAUAGGACCGGCUAUCUUUCCAGGUCUCUCUCUUCGACCACUCAGAGUAGUGAGUUUCUUGAAGAGUCUUUGAAUUCUCAGGAAAACGACGACCUCAGGAGCAGAAUCUUCAGGCUCAGACUCCCCAAGCGGAGCGCUGCUAAUGUUCUCCACAGAUGGGUCAGCGAAGGCAAUCAGAUUACGAUCUCGGAGCUGCGUCAAAUCUCGAAGGAGCUCAGAAAGUCCCAGCGUUACAAGCACGCUCUCGAGAUAUCAGAAUGGAUGGUUGCCCGUGGAGAGUAUGAAUUAUCAGACUCUGACUAUGCCAUCCGCAUUGACUUGAUUACAAAAGUUUUUGGCAUUGAUGCUGCAGAACGUUACUUUGAAGGCCUACCUGUUACUGCAAAAACAAGUGAAACAUACACUGCUCUCCUACACUCUUAUGCUGGGGCUAAAUUGACUGGAAAGGCAGAGGAACUUUAUGAGAGGAUAAAGGAGUCAAACCUGUCAUUCAAUGCCCUUACAUAUAACGAGAUGAUGACUCUAUACAUGUCAGUUGGGCAUGUUGAGAAGGUCCCCAUUGUUGUUGAAGAGCUUAAACGGCAGAAGGUUGCACCGGAUAUCUUUACCUACAAUCUAUGGAUAAGUUCAUGUGCUGCAACACUAAAUAUCAAUGAAGUUAGAAGGAUUCUAGAGGAAAUGAGCUGCGAUUCCAGUUCGAAUGAAGAUUGGAUGAGAUACAUUAAGCUUACUAACAUAUAUAUUGCUACAGGUCAUCUUGUAAAUGCAGAGUCUGACUCUCUGGUUGAAACUGAGAAAGGUAUUACACAAAGAGAAUGGAUAACAUACGACUUCCUUAUUAUUCUGUAUGCUGGUUUGGGAAACAAAGACAGGAUUGAUCAGAUAUGGAAAUGCUUGAGAAUGACCAGAAACAAGAUGACAAGCAGAAACUAUGUUUGCAUUCUUUCUUCCUAUCUGAUGCUUGGGCACUUGAAAGAAGUAGGAGAAGUUAUUGACCAAUGGAAGCAAUCGAGCACUACAGAAUUUGAUGGUUCUGCAUGCAGUAGGCUGUUGGAUGCAUUUGCAGAGGUUGGGUUGACUGAGAAGGCCCACAAUUUUCAUAUUCUGUUGGUUGAGAAGAACUGCGAUCCACCAAGUCCAUCAAAGUAGGAGCUAGAGUUUGGUCUUAUCUGUCCACUAUCCUGAGCUCACGGAAUCAAUUCGAUGGUGUUUUGUCUCAGAGAGGAAAUAACUAUACGCGAUUCUUGCAAGCUAGCUGUGUCACAGAACCGUGGCAUCCAAAUAUCCAGCAUUUUUGGCAUAACUUCUAUUUUUUGUGUCCAUACUGUUGACAUGAAUAAGUCACGUUUUCGUGAAUAUCAUGAUUUUUGUUUAUUUGAGACUUUUCCCGUUCUGUCGGUGAUGUAAGAUAUGCUUUAUUCGCUGUUGUGAUGAUUACUGCUAGUUUUAGAAAUUGAUUGAGGCA